AUGUACCGAUUAAAUCGACAACAUUGCUAUCUAUGCGAUCUGCCUCGUACACCUUGGGCAAUGAUUUAUGAUUUUUCGGAAACAGUUUGUCGCGGUUGCGUUAAUUAUGAAGGUAAAUCUAUUAUGUUCUUUAGAAUUAAAAUUCAACAGGAAAUAUUUGUAGGUGCCGACCGCAUUGAAGCAAUCCUAGAAAAUGCUCGUAUGCUUCGUCGUACAUCAUUGAUUGAUCGAUCGAAUGAUUUUACAUCGUCGAAAACUCUUCUACCCCUUCCGGCAACAUUUCUUUCAACGAAUAGUAUUUCGUAUCCUUAUAAAUCUCUAUCAAACGGGCAUAAUCGUACUUCAACAUCGUGUAACAAGCGAUCUUCACAUUUAUCUUCAUCAUCUCCAUCGAAUGAUGCAACAUCAUCACAAGAGCCUGAUGAUCUUUCAUUACCAGAAUUAGUUAAAGAUAGUUUACGUUUAUUAACAUCGUCAACUCCAUUUGACAUACGACUUAAACAUGAUUCAACAAUUCAAGCCAGAGCAUUUCUUUUUGAUUCUCAUCAACGGCAUUCGUCAACAGGUGGUUCAAAUGAAUAUGAAUUACGCAUAUUUAGUGAAUAUCCAAUUGGUUCAAAUAAUGUUCAUGCAAAUAUCAAUUCUCUAUAUCGACAAAUGAAUAGUGAUGUUAAACAAUCGCCAACAAAUGACGAUAGUCAAUCAUUGAAAAAUCCUUAUAAAGCACUUCAAUAUCGAAUAAAAUCAACAACAACAACAAUAUCCGAUGAAACAAAUAAUAAUUGGCAUCUAUUAAAUGAUCUACUACAUGAACGUGUACGUUCAUUCAAAGAAUUACCAAAUAAAAGUCUCCUACCAGAAGCUUACCUUGAUCCCAAACAAACGAAAUUACCAUCGAUACGUCAAUCAAUAUCGAAACGCAAAAAUAAUGAUACUGAUAUGAAUCCUAUGAAUAAAUAUCGUUUAUCAAAACGUUUACGUACGCAUCAACAAUUAAACGAGACCAUGUCAACAUCAAUACCAUUAUUAAUUCUUCAAUGUAGUGACUGUCAUCAAGCCCUCGAAGAUACACAUUUUGUACAAUGUCCAUCCAUGUCGGAACAUCGCUAUUGUUUUUUAUGUUGUAAAAGUUUUAUUAAAAAACGAACAGGUGAAAAAGAAAUUUAUUGUCCAAGCGGUUUAAAAUGUCCACUAGUUGGUUCAACAAAUGUGCCAUGGGCGUUUAUGCGAACUGAAAUUGACACAAUCCUUAGUACAAGAUCACCAUCACCUGCAAAAACAACAAAUUCACCAUCAACUUUAACAAUUAAACAAGAAACUGAAAUUUAG